AUGUUUGAUAAAGAAGGUAAAGGAUUUAUUAGAGCAACACAAGUCGGGCAAAUAUUGCGUACAAUGGGGCAAGCUUUUGAAGAACGUGAUUUAAAACAAUUAAUUAGAGAAUUUGAUUCUGAUGGUUUUUAAAUUAUAAUUAAUUUAGAUAUAUAUGUAUAUCUUCCAUAUAAUUAGAAAAUUGUGAGAUGAGAUUAUUCGGAACAUAAGAAAAGUCUAAAUUAGAGAGUGGGUAGAAUACAAUCCCGGAACCCUUGACGGGGUCGAGUUUUAGAAUGUCGACAAAACGGGAUCCCACGAUAACCCAAAUGCUUCCAAUCUGAGAGUUCAGAAAAUCAAGAGUUUGAAACGGGCUACUGAAAACACCGUAUAAGAUUCCAUUCAGUGUUG